AUGUCUAAGCCAAGAGUUGGAAUUAAUGGAUUUGGACGUAUCGGACGUCUUGUUCUUCGGGCUGCUGUAGAGAAGGACUCUGUUGAUGUUGUCGCUGUUAAUGAUCCAUUCAUCAACAUCGAUUACAUGGUCUACCUUUUCCAAUAUGAUUCCACCCACGGACGCUUCAAGGGCACAGUUGCCUACGAAGGAAAUACUCUCAUUGUCACCAAGGAUGGAAAAAGCACCCACAAGAUCCAAGUAUAUAACAGUCGCGAUCCUGCUGAGAUCCAAUGGGGAACUGCUGGAGCUGACUUCGUCGUUGAAUCCACAGGAGUUUUCACUACUAUUGAGAAGGCUUCUGCUCAUUUGAAAGGAGGUGCUAAGAAAGUUAUCAUCUCCGCUCCUUCUGCUGAUGCUCCAAUGUUCGUUAUGGGAGUUAACCACGAACAAUACAGCGCUGCUAACGAUCACAUUAUUAGUAAUGCUUCCUGCACUACUAACUGCUUGGCUCCCCUUGCUAAGGUCGUCAAUGAUAACUUCGGUAUCAUCGAAGGACUCAUGACCACUGUUCACGCUGUAACCGCUACUCAGAAGACCGUUGAUGGUCCAUCUGGAAAGCUGUGGCGUGAUGGACGUGGAGCUGGACAGAAUAUUAUCCCAGCUAGCACAGGAGCUGCUAAGGCCGUCGGAAAAGUUAUCCCAGCUCUUAAUGGAAAACUCACUGGAAUGGCUUUCCGUGUUCCAACUCCAGAUGUUUCUGUUGUUGAUCUUACUUGCCGUCUCGAGAAGCCAGCUUCUCUUGAUGACAUCAAGAAGGUUAUCAAGGAAGCCGCUGAAGGACCUUUGAAGGGAAUUCUUGGAUACACCGAGGACCAGGUUGUCUCCACUGACUUCGUUUCUGACUCGCACUCUUCCAUCUUCGAUGCCGGAGCCUGUAUCUCUCUCAACCCUCACUUCGUCAAGUUGGUGUCCUGGUACGAUAACGAAUUCGGUUAUUCUAACCGUGUUGUUGAUCUUAUCAGCUUCAUCGCUAAGCAAUAA